UUUCUUUUUCAAUUUUUUUAUUUCGUUUUUAUUUUAAUUUUUUCAUUUAGGUUAUAUAUAUAUAUAUACACACUCACAUUUAUAUAUUCAUUCGAGAGAAUAGAAUGUGGGUCUGUUUUCCUAUGUUUCUACCUUAUAUAUUCAGUUCUUAGAUCGAGUUCUGGCUUUUGCAGCAUGGUUUAUUGGUUUUGUUCUCUUCUUGAGAACGUUGUACAUGUGUUGCUGCAUGCAAGCUAAUUGAUUCGUGGAUUUAUCUUUCCAUUUUUUUUCUGAUUCUGGUGUAAAGAGGGGCUGGUGAAUGGGGGCUCAGACAAUGGGAUCUCAAGGUGGAGGUUGUGGCAAUGUUGGUGGAACCCAAGAGCAAAAGUUGCAUGCAUUGGCCAGGCAAGGCUCCUUGUACAGCCUCACACUGGAUGAGGUUCAAAACCAAUUAGGGGAUUUGGGGAAGCCAUUGACCAGUAUGAAUCUUGAUGAGCUUCUCAAGAGUGUUUGGAGUGCAGAAGUUAAUCAGGGAUCGGGCUGCGUUGAUUAUGGGGCCGCACAGCACAGCCAACUUGCUUCGGCCUCCUUGCUGCAUCAGCAGUCAAGCCUUUCGCUGUCCGGGGAUCUGAUCAAGAAGACUGUUAACGAGGUGUGGCAGGAUAUCCAACAGGGGCAGAAGAAUAAUUGUUUUGACAGGAAAUCCCAAGAAAGACAACCUACUCUAGGUGAGAUGACACUGGAGGAUUUCUUGGUGAAGGCAGGGGUGGUUGCUGAAUCAUCUCCAGGGAAGAAAAAUUCUGGUCCUGUUUUAGGGGUUGAUCCUGUUGGUUUGCCCCAAGAAAAUAUUCCACAACAAACUCAGUGGAUGCAGUACCAGCUCCCAAUUCAGCAGCCACCACAGCAGCAGCAACAGAAUAUGCUGGCUGUUUAUAUGCCAGGUCACCCGGUUCAGCAGUCUCUUCCCAUGGGUGGAGCCCCGAUUACAGAUACAGGUUAUGCUGAAACUCAGAUGACCAUGUCAUCAUCCCCUUUGAUGGGCACACACUCUGAUACCCAGACACCUGGACGCAAAAGGGUUGCUCCUGGAGAUGUGAUUGAGAAGACUGUCGAAAGAAGACAGAAGAGAAUGAUAAAGAAUAGGGAAUCUGCAGCAAGGUCACGAGCUAGGAAACAGGCUUACACCCAUGAGUUGGAGAACAAGGUUUCGCGUCUUGAAGAGGAGAAUGAAAGGCUUAAGAAGCUGAAGGAGGUGGAGAAGGUAUUGCCAUGUGUACCACCUCCAGAGCCGAAGUAUCAGCUCCGCAGAACAAGCUCAGCCCCUUUCUGACAUCUGGUUUUUUGUGGUGUAUGAGCACUGUGUAGAUGCGUCGAGUUUGUUCCUAGUUUUCAUUAGAUAACGUUAGUCCUGAAAACUCCCUUUGUAUCAUGGACCAAAUCCAUGUUUGGGUGACUGCCUUGGGAACUUUUUUCAUCCAUAGGUCUCUAGUUGCUUGGUCUGCACUUGGCUGUCUCUUCCUCUGCUCUUUUCCUUGCAUGUACAUUUUUAUAGUUUCAACUUGGCAUUUUCUGUUUCCAUAACUUGUCCUUUUUACUCUCUCUUUAAUCAAAGUCUAGCUGGUGCAACA